GCCAAUGAGAAGCGCAUGGGCCCUGGUCGCCUGGGAAACCGCGUGACAACAAGAUGGCGGCGCUGCAGGCAGCUCGGCGGCCCUGCGCGGGAGUUCCUGACAGCUAGAAUCUGUAAGCAGAACCAUGAGCUCACCUUUGGCCUCCCUUGGCAAGCCCCGGAGAGUGCCUCUGCAGUCGGAGCCUGGGACUCCUGGGAGGCGAGGGAUAAAAAUCUACGGAAGUGCCCCAGAGCAGUGACCUGGGCAUCCCUGUCUGCAGAAGAUGAGGUGGACAUGCUGAAUGACGCACAUGGCUCGGAAGAAAGGACCUCUGUCCCUUCCUGCUAUGGUGGCAUAGGUGCCCCUGUGAGUAGGCAAGUCCCUGUGUUCCACGACUCGGAGCUGAUGGCCACCAUGACCAGGAAGGUGCAGAAUCUGGAGCGGCAGAUGAAGACCCAGACCGACGAGAUGCUGUCCAAGGAUCGGAAGAUACGGGCCCUGGAGGAAUUGGUGGAGACCCUUCAGGAGCACCAGGGCCAGGGGACCCUGCAGCGGCAGGAGGAGCUGGAGACGAGGUGCGCACAGCUGCAGCGGCAGGUCACGGAGAUGGAGCGGUUUCUCGGUGACUACGGCCUGCAGUGGGUGGGCGAGCCCAUGGAUCAGGAGGACUCGGAGGACAAGACAGACUCAGAGGAUGGCGAGAGGGACUGGAUGACAGCCAAGAAGUUCUGGAAGCCAGGGGACUCACUGGUACCCCCCGAGGUGGACUUUGACAGGCUGCUGGCCAGCCUGAAGGAUCUACUGGUGGUAGACAGUGAAACCCAGGUGACGCCAGUGCCCGGCAGAGUGCUGCACCAUGGCCUUGAGCCAAUCCCACUGAAGCUCUACCGGAAUGGCAUCAUGAUGUUCGAUGGGCCCUUCCGGCCUUUCUGUGAUCCCUCCACACAGCGCUGCCUCCGAGAGAUACUGGAUGGCUUCUUUCCUGCAGAGCUCCAGCAGCUGUACCCUGAUGGGGUCCCCUUUAAGGUGAGUGACCUGCGCAACCAGGUCUACCCAGAGAAUGGGCUGGACCUGUUCCCAGGUGAGGGCCGUGUGGUAGGCUGGCAGAGGAUUCAAAAGCCCUCGGACAAGAUGGAGCAUCCAGGCUCCAGGAUGACUGCUGAGAAGUUUCUGAAUAGGCUCCCCAAGUGUGUGAUCCGACAGGGCGAGGUGAUUGACGUCCGAGGCCCCAUCUGGGACGCCUUGCAGAACUGCUGCCCAUUGCCUGCCCGGAUCCAGGAGAUUGUGGUGGAGACACCUGCCUUGGCUGCUGAGCGUGAGAGGAGCCAGGAGUCGCCGGAGUCGCCAGCGCCCCGGCUCUCCAUGCUGCGCAUCAAGUCUGAGAAUGGUGAGCAGGCCUUCCUGCUGCUGAUGCGGCCCGAAGACACUGUUGGCGACUUACGUGCACUGCUUGCACAGGCCAGGGCCGUGGAUGCCGCCACCUUUGAAAUCUUCAGCACGUUUCCGCCCACAGUCUACCACGAUGACGCUCUCACGCUGCAGGCCGCGGGCCUGGUGCCCAACGUCGCGCUGCUGCUUCGGGCGCGCCAGGCCCCGCUGCCCGCCCCUGGCCCCGAAUAAAGCACCCGCCCCUACA